CGGCGGAGGCGGAGGUGACGGCCAUGCAGCGUUCGCGGUCGGCCGCGGACGACGCGGCUCUGCUCCUGGCCGGGCUGGGCCUGCGCGAGCCGGAGCUGGCGGCCGGCUCUCCGGGGCGCGUGCGGAGCGGGCCCCGGGCCGCGGACGAGGCGGCGGGCCGCAGGGGCAAGGGCGGCGGCGGCGGCGGCGGUGGCUGUGGCUCCGAGGCCGCGCCCGACGCCCCGGGCCGCCCCGAGCGAGGCCCGCGCGCCAGCCUGGCGGGCUCGGACGGCGGCAGCGCGCGCUCCAGCGGCAUCAGCCUGGGCUACGACCAGCGCCACGGCCCCGGCCCGGGCCCCGGGCCGCCGUCGGGGGGCAGCGCGCGCUCCAGCGUGUCCAGCCUGGGCUCGCGCGGCUCGGCGGGCGCCUACGCUGACCUGCUGCUGCCGCCCGGCGGCGGUGGCGGCGGCCCCGCGCCCGCCCGCUCCCCGGAGCCCGCCCCGGCCCCGUUCCCGUUCCCGUCGCAGUCGCUGCCGUUACCCCCGGGCCGGGAGGGCGGCCCGAGCGCGGCCGAGCGGCGGCUGGAGGCGCUCACGCGGGAGCUGGAGCGCGCGCUCGAAGCGCGCACCGCACGAGACUACUUCGGCAUCUGUAUCAAGUGUGGGCUUGGCAUCUACGGAGCGAGGCAGGCGUGCCAGGCAAUGGGGAGCCUGUAUCACACCGACUGCUUCAUCUGUGACUCCUGCGGGAGACGUCUCCGCGGGAAGGCCUUCUAUAACGUGGGCGAGAAAGUGUACUGCCGGGAGGACUUCCUGUACUCCGGGUUCCAGCAAACAGCUGACAAGUGUAGCGUGUGUGGACACCUUAUCAUGGAGAUGAUCCUGCAGGCCCUUGGCAAGUCGUACCACCCGGGCUGCUUCCGCUGCUCAGUGUGCAACGAGUGUCUGGACGGGGUGCCCUUCACCGUGGAUGUGCAGAACAACAUCUACUGUGUCAGAGACUACCACACGGUGUUUGCACCAAAAUGCGCUUCCUGUGCCCGCCCCAUCCUCCCUGCACAGGGCUGUGAGACAACCAUCCGUGUGGUGUCCAUGGACAGAGACUACCAUGUGGAGUGUUACCACUGUGAGGACUGCGGGCUCCAGCUGAGCGGGGAGGAGGGACGCCGCUGCUACCCCCUGGAGGGGCAUCUGCUCUGCCGCCGAUGCCACCUGAGGCGCCUCGGACAGGGCCCGCUCCGGUCACCGGCUGUGCACGUGACUGAGCUCUGAGAAGCAGCCGUCAGGAGAGAGGGGUCACCCCCCACCCUCUCCAUCCACCGAGCUGCUGUCCCUUCCGCAGGGGCCGGACCCCUGCGACAAAUAAGCGAUUCCUAUUUAUUCACCUUCUGUGCCUCAAGCCACUUCCCCCGCUGGCUUCCAGGAGACCUGCGCCCUGCAGCCCGGGGACAGGCCACCCUCUGUGCCUGGCCGCAUCUCCCGGGAGUCAGGCCGCGGUCCCGUGGGGGUGGUGCUGCACUCUCAGCCGGGGAGCAGCGACAGCCCGGGAGACAUGGGAAUUCGGCCUUGAUGGGUGUUUCCAGCCGCAGUUCUCCGCCGUUUUGGACCCCGGCCUGGGAUGGUGCUUCCCCAGCAGCCUCAGAAGACCGCGAGCGAAUCCCAGGCGCGGAGAGAGGGUCCCCGGGGGAGCUCCCUGCAGACCCCAGGGAGCGUCUGCAAGCACCGUGUAUGCCUCCACCACAAAGCCAUGUGAUUGGACCUAAAUUAAGGCCCCCCCUCCCCGAGGAUGUUUGCAUUUCCUUUUAAAAGAAUAUAGUUUUCUUCUAAAAA